UAGCUCCUCGCCAUGCGCAGUGCUUCACUUAGAAAGCGCUCUCCGGUACUAGUUGUCGUCAUCGUCUUGGCUGACGGCAGUCCGGUCCGCUGUCCGACUAGUUACACCCUCAUAUCCUCCCCUCUUGGCAAGCACCGCCUCGCUCCGCCCGCAACAUCCCCAAAGCAGCACUGAGUGACGGUGGCUGCUGUGUCCCUCCAUGGAAGAUGUGGCUGAGCCCCGAGGAGGUGCUGCUGGCGAAUGCUCUCUGGGUAACUGAAAGGGCGAACCCCUUUUUCCUACUGCAGCACAGAAAGGGCCAUGGCAAAGGAGGGGGCUUGACAGGUCUGCUGGUAGGAACUCUUGAUGUGGUUCUGGAUUCCAGUGCAAGAGUUGCCCCAUACCGAAUCCUCCAUCAGACACAGGAUUCGCAGGUUUACUGGACAGUCGCUUGUGGUUCCACGCGUAAGGAGAUCACAGAGCACUGGGAGUGGUUGGAGACCAACUUACUUCAAACGCUCUCCAUUUUCGAGAAUGAGGAAGACAUCACAACCUUUGUUAAAGGAAAAAUCCAGGGUAUAAUUGCAGAGGAAAACAAGAACAAGGAGAAAAAUGAAGACGAGAAUUCGGACAAGUUUAAGGAGGCAGAAUUAAAGAUGCGCAAGCUAUUUGGGAUGCCAGAAGUGGAAAAACUGGUGAACUAUUACUCAUGUAGUUACUGGAAGGGGCGGGUCCCUAGACAAGGCUGGCUAUACCUUACUGUCAAUCAUCUCUGUUUCUACUCUUUCCUCCUGGGAAAAGAAGUGACCCUGUUAAUGCGAUGGGUGGACAUCACUCAGCUGGAGAAGAAUGCUACAAUCCUAUUUCCUGAAAGUAUUAAAGUGAGCUCCCGUGAUAGCGAUUACUACUUUUCCAUGUUUCUGAACAUCAAUGAAACAUUCAAACUGAUGGAACAGUUGGCAAACAUUGCCAUGAGGCAUCUUUUGGAUAAUGAGGGGUUUUCUGAGGAUAAGUCCCUUCCAAAGCCUUGCAAGACUCUUAAGCAUGUCUCUACAUUGAAAAGGGACCUUGAUGCUCGAGCAAAGAAUGAAAGAUACAGGGCAACUUUCCGUCUCCCAAAGGAUGAGCGACUAGAUGGACAUACAGACUGUACACUUUGGACCCCCUUCAACAAGACGCACAUUGCUGGUCAGAUGUUUGUCUCCAAUAAUUAUAUUUGUUUUGCUAGUAAAGAAGAUGAUGGCUGUCGCUUGAUUAUUCCUCUCCGAGAGGUGACAAUUGUUGAGAAAGCAGAUAGUUCCAGUGUGCUACCUAGACCACUUUCCAUCAGCACCAGAAGUAAGAUGACCUUCCUAUUUGCCAAUUUAAAAGACAGAGACUUCCUGGUGCAAAGAAUUUCAGACUUUCUACAAAAAACACCUGUCAAAACAUCCCCCAGCAACAGUAAAGAGAAACAAGAUGGUUUUGGUACAGCUGAAUGUGAGGAAGUUGUGGAGAAUCUUCCACAAAGUCCCUUGGCCUCCAGUCCUGCUUCUAUUUCAAAUAAUAAACAGAACACACCCUACGAUAACAGUGUGCCAACUGCUAACCAGGGAUUAUUGAAAAUAUUCAGCAGAGGAUCCCCAGAAGACCUAGGACCUAAAAUGGCCAAGGAGAAGAUGAAGGAAGAGUCUUGGAAUAUUCAUUUUUUUGAGUAUGGGCGUGGAGUAUGCAUGUAUCGCACACUGAAAACACGAGAGCUGGUGAUGAAAGGAAUACCUGAGAGUCUGCGAGGUGAACUGUGGCUUCUAUUUUCAGGAGCACUGAAUGAAAUGGUAAGUCAUCCAGGUUAUUAUGCAGACUUGAUUGAACAGUCAGCUGGAAAAUGCAAUCUGGCAACAGAUGAAAUAGAGCGAGACUUGCAUCGGUCCAUGCCAGAGCACCCUGCUUUUCAGAAUGAGAUGGGCAUAGCUGCUCUACGGAGGGUUCUUACAGCUUAUGCAUUUCGAAAUCCCAAUAUUGGAUACUGCCAGGCUAUGAAUAUUGUGACAUCAGUGUUGUUGUUGUACUGUAGUGAAGAGCAGGCCUUCUGGCUCCUGGUUGCUUUAUGUGAGAGGAUGCUUCCAGAUUACUACAAUACCAGGGUAGUGGGUGCUUUGGUAGAUCAAGGAGUCUUUGAAGAUCUAACACGAGAAUAUAUUCCUCAGCUGUAUGAGAAGAUGCAGGAGCUUGGUGUGAUCUCUACUAUUUCAUUGUCAUGGUUCCUCACUAUCUUCCUAAGUGUUAUGCCCUUCCACAGUGCAGUGGUGGUUGUAGACUGUUUCUUUUUUGAUGGCAUUAAGCUCAUCUUUCAGGUUUCCCUUGCAGUCCUAGAGGCCAAUAUGGAGAAACUGCUGAACUGUGCUGAUGAGGGGGAGGCCAUGACUGUCCUAGGCAGGUACUUGGACAAUGUAGUGAACCAUCAGACUGCUUCAUCCCCAGUUCCACAUCUCCAUGCUUUACUUACGAGUGGGGAUGAGCCCCCUCUUGAAAUUGACAUCUUCGAACUAAUCAAGUCUUCGUUUGAGAACUUUGGUAGCCUGAAAGCAGAUGUUAUUGAACAGAUGAGGUUCAAACAACGGUUAAAAGUGAUCCAGUCUUUGGAGGACACUGCAAAGAGAAGUGUGGUCCGAUCUAUCCUGUCUGAAUCCUGUUUUACAAUUGAAGAUCUGGAGGAGCUUUAUGUUGUUUUUAAGGCAAAACAUUUGAUGAGCUGCUAUUGGGGUGGCACAAGUACAGCUGCUGAGCGACAUGAUGCCAGCUUGCCAUACCUUGAGCAGUACCGCAUUGACCUGGAACAGUUCCGAGAGUUGUUUGUUGCCCUGGCCCCAUGGUCAUGUGGAAGUCAUGCUCCUGUACUUGCAGGUCGAUUGUUCCGACUUCUGGAUGACAACAAAGACUCCUUAAUUAACUUCAAGGAAUUUAUAACAGGCUUGAGUGGCUUGUAUCAUGGAGAUUUCAUAGAAAAAUUUAAAUUUAUUUACAAGCUGCACCUUCCUCCAGCUUACUGUUCAGAAGAAGCAGAGUCAGCCUUGGAAGCAACAGAUUUCUUCACAGACAGUGUUACACCAGUAGUGACUCCCAUUCUUUCUGAUUUGGACUUCCUUCAGUGCGAGUCACAAGGUGCUGAUGCCAACAAGGAGGAAGCGGGAAACAAGGAAGUAAAAGAUAAGAAAGAUGAAAAGGCAAGCACUGUUAAAGAUUACAAAUAUUAUUUACGCAUGUGGGCUAAGGAAAAAGAACCCAAGAAAGAAUCCAUAAAAGAUUUACCAAAAAUGAACCAGGAGCAAUUUAUUGAGUUAUGUAAGACCUUGUACAAUCUCUUCAGUGAUGAUCCACAGGAGCAGGAGUUGUACCACUCAAUUGCAACCGUGGCUAGCCUUCUUCUGAAAAUGGGUGAGGUUGGCAAGAAAUUUACAAACACAAGUGCCAAGAGAACAGAAAACAAUGACAUGAGCAAUGUUGUCUCCACUCAAAGCAAGGAACAGCUGACCAGUCCAGACUCAGGGCAGGCUAUUUUGAUACAAUGUCAAGUGAAAACGAGUUCAGAUGGAGAGACUGCUGGCGACAAACAUGCUCUGAAAGGGCAACUGGAGAACAUGAGACUUGCAGAAGGAGAGAUAGGAAUUUCUCCCUCACAACUGGCAUCUGAUGAAGAGAUGAAAGAUGAUACUUCAAUGUCGUCAUAUUCAGUAGUAAGUUCAGGGUCCCUUCAGUGUGAAGAUAUUGCAGAUGACACUGUCCUUGUAGGGUGUGACACAGCUACCGCUAUACAGAAGUAUAGCUCCAUUGAUGUGGAUUGGUCCAUUAGCUUUGAGCAGGUAUUGGCUUCAAUGCUUACAGAGCCACCUCUAGUGGACUAUUUUGAAAAAAAGCAGGAUAUCAGAUCCAGGAUUGAAGCUUGCAAACAGCAAAGGGCAAUAGAAAGGCAGCUUAGUUCCUCUAGUGACUAUGAGUUGUCAGUUUUAGGUUAACAAGUAUAAAAUGACAGAUUGUCAUAAAGUUGAAGAAAAGCAGAUUGCCGGGAUUAUAAGCUGCUUUGUGAUUUAAAGUCAACAUGCAAAACACAUUUACACAACUUACAGAAACACAAAACUAUGUGCAGCACAUAUGUAUUUGUUCAUAGUGCAACUUGUAACUUCCAGUACUAUUACCUCUGCCUCCCAAUGCCAGUGUGGUUGCUUUAGGGACAGCUGAAUUAAUACAUGACUGGAUAUGCUACACAAAAAGGGAUCCACAGACCUUGUCUCAGCUUAAAAUGUAUCGUUUAUGAACUGUAUAGCAUAACUUGUUUAUUUUUCUGUUCUUGUCCUAUUGUAUUUUUACAUUCAUAGAAGAAAAAUCUUCAGUUUUUCUGCUUCAGACUUUGUGUGACACUUGCUAACAGCAAAGCAGAAAACAUGAGUGUGUUCAUUUCACAGGUUUUUGGAUUUAAUCAUGUUGACAUAAGGUAAUGCAGGACUUCUUAGUAUUGGCAUUGUGAUUUUUGUACCUGUAUGUUUGAGGCGUGUGCUCAUUAAUGCACUGCUGUAGAGUAGAUAAUGCAGAGAACCAAUCUGCUGAAUAAUUUAGCUGUGCAUGUCAUACUGUCUGUAUUGCAUACUUCCCAUUACAUGUGAGUGCAUGUUUCUACAGUUUCACAAAUACAAGUACUACACAAUCCUUGUAUAUGUAUAAUGCAGAGUUUCAAAAGUACUUGUACUUCACAGAUUAUGUGUAUGUGCACUCCACAGUUCCACAAGUACAUGUAUUACACAGUGCAUGUGUUUGUGUAUUGCACGGUCCAACAAGUACUUGUGCUACAGUUCAUGUGUAUGUGUGCUUCACGGUUUACAAGAACUUGGGCUACACAGUCCCCAUGCAUGUGUACUGCACAGUUCCACAAGUGUGUGUACUACACAGUCCAUUUGUAUGUGUAUUGCACAAUUCUGUACACAUGAAAUGGACAAUUCUGCAUGUACCUGUUCUACAGUGGACAACAUUUACUGUACAAAUCUACAUGUAAAUAGUGCUGCCCAGCCCAAGUGUACAUGUACUGUAGAGUUUCUCGUGCCAUCUGUAGUACAAUCAAAUUUAUUGUCAGCAUAUAUUAGUGCUUUAAAGUCUCAGGUGUGAUGUAUUACUAAUGUCUUUGUUGUAACAUAUUGAUUUUGUAUACUGUGCUACUAAAUACAAUGCAAAGGGUGUUAAAAAACACCUGUGUACAAUGCUUAGACAAAAUUUCUCUACUUCCCCUUUUCAGUCAUGUGUCUUUUCCUGAUGUGAAAAACUUUUCUUUCUUUUUUCUGUGCAGACCCAGUAAAUAUUUAGGGUCCUUUCAAAAAGCAUCCUUUCUGACUUUUCUAGAGCAAUCCUAGAAAUAUCUAGGUUCCUUUAUUAGGAAGAGAUGUGAUCACAUGUUGACUUCACUAAGCUGAGAUCUUUGUAAUUCUGCUAGGAGUACCUCAUCCAGAUAGUAAGGUAAAGGCUUAGUGAGACUAUAGGAUGUUUAUCCCAUUUUUGCUAUGUGUAUGUGUCUGUGUGUGUGUCUGUCUUAGUUAUGGCAAAUAAAUGCACCUGUGAACUAAUAAGAUCUGUUGUAAUGCAGUUGUGACCUUAUGAUCAUAAUCACAUUAGCCAUAUAAUCUGUUUAAAAAAACAGAGGUUUUAAAUUGCAGAUGUAUUAAUAUUUAUUAAACAUACCUUUACUCUUUCCUAAUUUUUCAGUAGUAACACCCUUCUGUGGACAGGACUCUGAGGAAAGUGCUAUUAAGUAUAUAACUUUCUGAUGGACAUAGUACAACUACUUCAGGUUCUUCAGAGUCAGUCACUCUUAAGUUUUUGUAACUAACAGUAUGUAUUUAUUCUGUCAGAAAUUUAAUCCAGACAAAUACCACCCUAACAUCAUUAAGUUAAAUACCCAAAGUUAAUGUACAGAGGGCAAAUCACAAUUAAUACUUCAACCAGUACUGUAUGUAGCAGAAAUUAAUGCUAACAACAUCUGUCCGACAAAGGAAAAAAAAAAAAGGUUUGCUAUGGAAGCAAUGUGUUUCUUAAACUACAGUUGGGCUUCCUGGAUGCAGUAUUAAAGAAAGAUAGUGCUUUCUGUUUGAACUGUUUACAAGUUAGUGGAUCAAAGACUGGUCACGUAAAUUUGUGUAAUUUUAUGUAUAUGAUGGCUGGCAUAUUUCAUUACCCUCUCUUUUGUGUCUUGAGUUUUCAUCAUGUAUUUCUGUGUGCACACAUUUUCUGUGGUUGAAUUAAAUAAAUUCAUGUUUCUUUUACGAGAUUUCCCAUGGCAGUGCAGAGGGUAAUAGAGCUUUUUCCUGCACCCUCUAACCCAAACUUGUAUAUCAAACUCUCCAUAUCGCCCGUGUUGGAGCUUACCUCAAGAAUGCAUCUGAUUGAAAGCUGCCACAGAUAUUUGAUAAACUGACUGUUCUGCACUUUACAUUUUAUUGUUGUGAUAUCAUUAACAAGUUUUCUGUUUUACAGAACACCACACUCCAUACCCAUAGCAAAAAAUGUCUGCAGGUAAGCAGUCUGCAAGGCAUUUAAAAAGGUGCAUUAGAGGUGCAGUGGGUAUAUUGUGUCUGCAUUAGCCAGAAAUUAAAAUGUGCCAAAAUUAAUUGCCGCAAAUAAAAGAAAGAAAAAGAAUGAUAGUGGUAAAUAACUGUGGCAGAUGCACAAUAAGGUGAAGUAUAUUAUUGCAGAUACUGUAUGAAUAUUUUUACAGUAGAAACAAAGAUUUUGUUUUUCCAUUUGCAUUUUAAGGAAAGGAUACUUCAGAAAUGUUCUUUGUGGAACAUAUAUUUCACUUUAUUAUGAAGCAGUUGCUUGCACAGUCUGCCGUCAUAUUUGAGGUGGCAAAGUGCUAUUUUUUCCAUGCUUACUAACUGUAGCAUACCCAGUCAUGUAUAUUGUUCUUUAAAAAUGUGUUAUAUUGGGGCUCACAUUUUUGGGUUUAUGAAUCACUGGUUUGAUUCCUUUAAUGUAAAGUUACAUGCUGCUGUUAAAGUCACUGUACAAUUUUUCAUCUGCUUUGACCAACUUUUCUGGUGCCUGAGUAGUGUCUUUAAACUGACAUUUUUAUAAUAAGUAAUAAAUUUGUUUUAGUUUGUGAACUACUGUGGUUGUAUUGGCUAUUUGCUUGAGGAUUUGUUUGUGCUCUGUAGACAGAUAGCCAGUAACAAUUUCUGAGCUGCUUGUUUGACAGUACAUCUUUUCAGACACUCAUAUGCAGAAACGGAACUGGGAUGAGUAGAUUUUUUUUGUACUGGCGCUUUAGUUCCCUGGUCAUUUUAGCAGUAGCCACAGAUGUGAUGUGCUUUUUGGUAUGAAGAGAUGUCCCUUUGAUGUGUGAGGCGAGGCAUGAGGUAAAAAGCUGAAAGUUUCUCAUUGUGCUGCAAACCACUACACUUACCCACUGAUCAAAAUUCUGUUUCCUGUUUUUUUCGUUUAUAUAGUGGACUGGUAUUUAUAGCUACUAACCCCGCUAUGAAUUAUUUUCUGGUUGGCAAGUUAAAACAUUUGUAAUUCAUUUACAAGAAACAUUAUUAGUCACAAAACAGAGAGCUGCAAGUUUUUUUAAAUAGAUCAAUUUCUGUAAAAGAAAGCAGAUAGAUUUUUCCAUUCAUGACCAAAAAUUUUCUCUCAAACAUACUGCCUUUAACAAAACCUUAGACAAGGGUAUUACAAUGAUCUUUGCUUUGCUUGUUUGAUACAUAAAUUGUGAAUGUGUUAGACUUUCCUUAUGUUUCUGUUUCCUUCUGGAUAAAAAUAUUUUUAAUUUAACUCGGCAAUGGUUUACAUAUACAGAGUCCUUGCUUUGUGAGGGGAAAGGCAUGACACUGUUGUAUUUUAAUAUGCAUUUUUGUAUUCAAACAUGCAUUGUAGAACAGGUAGGCCAAGAUUUCAUAUCAUUAUUUUUCCAAGCAUAAAUAUUCCUAGGAAGAAGUAACAUUUAAUAAAUAACUAGACAUUCCACAAUUUUGAGAGAAUAUUUAAUAUUUAGCCAAUCAGUUAUGCACUUUUCCAGUCCAGAGCACUCUCGAUGCUUUCUUUUGGCUUCAGAUGUAACACGUAAGACAAUCUGGUAUGGCAUCCAUGUUAAAGUUUAAAUGUGCUUUGGUUUGAAAAGUAGGAUUUUAAGUAUGCAUCUUCACUGCCUGAAAACUCCCAAGUACCAGAUGAAUGGGGUCUGCUAAACAAGGUUUACUUUUCAUACCACCUUUGCUACAAUGUGCUGUUCUGAUGUCCUCGUAUUUAUAUACUACUUGUCUUUGAACUCCUCAGCCCAAGUCAUGCUUUUUAUAUUGCUAUUAUCAACUUGUCACACUAUAAAGCAUGACAUUUUAAUAAUAAAUUUCUGUUGACAGUGGCAGUUUUAUGUUUUAAAGCACACAUUUUAAAGUUAAAAAAGUGAUAGUUUUGUUUAUAGAGCAUGUAAAGUCACCCCCAUUCAAAUAAAUGUACAUAUUAAUUGUAGUAAUAAUAAUAAGCUGUAGUAUUUCUGAUCUGCCAAAUGAGAAUAGCGGUGUGUCAGUAUAUUUCUUUAGGGUUGAACCUUUGUAUUCCUGUUAAUAUUAAGGUUUUGCUGACAUUUAUUCCUGAUAUAAUACUAAUACAGACUCCUUGGAGCACAUGCACUUUUAGUUUACUUGGUUUUAUUGGAAUUUUUACAGUUGCUUUAAAAAUUAUUUUGAAGCCAUAAUCAUAGCUAGCAGAAAAUGUAAGGCACUUCACACUGCUCUCUUCUAGCAUGAACUUUUUUUUUGUUGUUAUACUCUUGUUUAUUUGACAUUGUGACAUGACUGUAUAACCAGUCUGGAUUUUGGAAUGUAAAGCAUGUUAAUUCUAAGUUCAUGUCUGGUUACCCUAUUAGUACAACUGAGAUGUUUUGGGUCAGAUGACUGUGGAAGACUAAGUUGGGUACUUACAUAUUAUCGCAACCACAUUUGUCACUGGAUUACCGGCUGGUUUCCAAUCCUGAAGAAAUACGCCCCGUAAUGGUUUUAAAAAGUUACAUGGUGUGUUUUCUUUAAUCGUACAGGCUCUUUUCUGGACUGUUAUCAAUAUAAUGUACAAAGCCCCUACUGUCGCUGUUUGUUUAUGCAGUGUACUGACAGCAUGUCGGUUAUUGCAACUCCGCUCGCUGAACAUUCCUUUCUUCCUGCCAGCAAAUGCGGUCAAGUAACAGUUAGACUUACAUUUUGGCCAUCACAGCUGUGUCAUUAUUGUACUGUGACUGGUAUAAUACUCUGUUUUGCUUACUUUAACAGACAUGUAGCGUGACACGUAAGUUUCCUCAGGAAAAAAACACUGUUUAGAAGAAGUAGUAACUGCGCUUGCUGAGAAAUUCCCACCGCAGAGAAACAGAAAGACAUAGUGACAGUGAUCAACAUCGUUGCAACACUACUCAUGACAGUAAUCAAUGAAGUACUAUGUGGUUUUCUCCGAACAUGCCAGUGCAGACAACACAGCAUGCACUGUUAAAGACAACUACACCAUGUAACAUUUUUAUCAUGACAUUAACACCAUUGUGUAGGGACAGGACCUGUUCAGUUAAUUUAGCAUUAAGUUACAGUAACCAGGAAAAUGGCAUGACAUGCUGCUGCCAGGGAAGUGCAUGCAUAGACAGCUUCAGUGUUUUUCUAAUUUUUAUUCAUAGCCCUGCAUAAAAGACCCUUCCUUGUCAAAGCAAACACAUUGUCUCCCAUUUUUAAAACAUUACCGGUCACAUUUCACUAUCAGGAAGCAACCUUUAUGAUCGCAAAAAUCUGGUUGCGGUAAUACGUAAGUACCCUAAGUUGUGUUUUGUCACAUGCCUGCAAAUUUGUGGUACUGUAAAUUGGAUUAGAGAAAAUCUGUAGGAAAUUUAAAACACUGCCUGCUUCACAGAUCGGGGCAUAAACUAACUUAUUCUCCCUGCAUCAUCCUGUGGAAAAUAAAAUAAAUGUGUCAUGCUCACUGUAAAACGUAUAACCAUUCAUGAUACAGGUGAAUAUGUAAAUGUGUAAUUUCAUGUCUAGCACAAGCCAGCCCCUUUCAGUGAGGGCAGGUUAAGGUGAGUUGUCUUAAGUGUCAUUGAUUUUAUGUGUGGUCAUGUUGCAUUUUAUUGUUAAGUGUAAUUUGCUUUACUGUAAUGUUACAUGCAUGCUUUAAGUGCGUGGAGCUUUAGAGUAAAAUAAAUAAAAAUACAAAUGAAUGUAAGCAUAGUUAUAAUAUAGUAAUUCCAUAUAUUUGCAUAUGCAGAUGCAAAGUAGGCCUAUAAUGCAGCACAGUAAUUGAAAUGUCAACUGCCCUAAUAUGUAUUACAUAUUUUACAGUAUGUCAAAUAACAGACAUUAUUGUAGUUUUUUUCAGAGGAAAAUGCUGAUAUUCUUUAUAUCAGAAACAAACAGUCCAAAGGAAAACCUUCCAAAACACUAAGCAUCAAAAAUGACUGAAGAAUAUCAAAUCAGACAGGCUUAUGAAGUCUCAUACCCAUUUUCUUAGCAAAAUGUUUGCUAUUUUAUCUUUAUUUUAUUUCAUUAAACCUAAAGUGAUGGCCUUCAGUCAUUCUUGGUGCUUCAUUUUUGGAAAGUUUUCCUUUUGUUUUUGUAGCUUUGUAAGGAUGGUACACAGUGGGUAGGAAUAUAAGUUGGUUGAAACUCCCACUCAGUCAGAUAUUUCAGGUUGACAAACUGCAGUGAUUCACCUUUAAAUUCUGAUCACGUUUUCUUCAGAGUACUUUGCUUUAUACCAUCCAGCUUAUUAUUUUUCUAGCUGGAUUUUCUUAGUAACCAUGUCCUCCAAGUCAGUCAUUUUACUAACUAAUAAAUAUUAUUCUUUGUAAAGAAUUAAUGUGGGAUAAAAACCUCAGGUCAUGUUAAAUAGUUUAAACUAUUUAAUGCAAUCAGCUACUGGGACCUAUCUGCUUAUUAAUUUGUGACACACAACUCAGAAUUAUUCACAUUUUAUCUUGCUCCUGAAGUCUUCACAUGUAUGUAUUUAAGCUAUUUUGCAAUCAGUUUUUGUGGUAUUUGUUGUAUAUGGAAGUGUAGAAGACAGAUAAUCUGCCUUUACUAAUAAAAAUUAAAUUAUUUUAAAUAAAGUACUGGUAAAAACAAACUCAA